CAAGAUGGCGUGUAGAUCGAUUGUGAGGUUCUUGGCUUGGAUUGUUCCCAUUUUUCUCCUGGUGGGCAACUCAUCAGCGGCGACGUACAAAGUGACUACCAUAAUAGAACAUCCGUUUACGAUGGUUUCCAGCAACCCGACUGGAGGAACUACUUAUAAGGGAUAUCUCAUUGACAUUCUGGCAGACCUGGAAAAGAUUCUGGGCGUGGAUUUUGACAUCGACCUGGUGGAGGAUGGUGCAUACGGAUACAUGACGGAGGAGGGGAACUGGACCGGACUUCUAGGCCACUUAGUCCGAAAUGAGGCUGACAUUGCAGCAGCGCCGUUGGCAGUUAUGUCAAAGAGAGCCAGGAUCAUCGAUUACACCCAGCCCUUCAUGUUAGCCGGUCCUCAAAUUCUGAUGAAGACCCCCCAGGGAUUAACAAUGUCCAAGUUCUUUAUGCUUCUUCAGCCGUUCUCUACCGGCGUGUGGAUCACAGCGCUGGUCGGAUAUGUGGUCGUUAGCCUCGCCUUGUACGUCAUCUGGCGCUGGAGUCCGUUCGAGUGGGGAAAUGCCCCAACAGGGUCAGAUGGGGAUGUCAGAGAUAGCUUCAAUGUCCACAACAGCUUUUUAUUUACCUUUAGUACGAUGCUGUGGCAGGGUUAUCCUCUGGCCCCAAGGUCGCUUUCCGGAAGAAUACUCUGCUCCAUCUGGUGGACUUUUACCAUGUUUUUCUUGAUUGCCUACAUAGCUGCUUUGACGGGCAGAUUUAUCAUCAAGGACUCCUUGACGCCAACCAAAAUCAACACCUUUGAUGACCUGGCACUGUCGAAUUUGAGAUACGGAGGCAUAAAAGGGGGAUCUACUGCGUAUCUGUUCAAAUCGGCCAAAAAUCCAUUAAGACGGCGCAUGUGGAAUCAGAUGCAAUCCAACCCUUCGGACAUGGUGUCAUCUACUGCAGAAGGCGUCAAGAAAGUUCGCGAGUCUAAUGGCAACUACGCGUUUAUCAUGGAAACACCGAUGGCGGAGUAUCAGUCAUCCAUGGAACCUUGUGACUUGUACGUGACUGGCGAACCGCUGACGGACAAUGGAUACGCCUUCGCAUGUACGAAGGGUUCUGGUGUCUGCGACCAGCUCAGUCAUGCUCUGUUAACGAUUAAAGAGACAGCACGGCUUCAUGACUUACGUCAGAAGUGGUUCGGUGGGGAAUGCGCAGUGAAGAGAGAGCAGAAGACCAAGUCCCCAUUUGUUUCUCCGAAAACUACAUUUACAAUGGAAGACGCGGCCUUUGCUUUCCUUCUUCUUGGGCUUGGGAUUAUAAUCAGUCUCAUUGUUUUCGGAUUAGAGAUUUUCUUGAACGGAAAAGGCAUUGUGGUUCCGUCUAGCGGCAAAGAUGAUGAGAUAAGGAUACACGAUCCUGCUUCCGGAAUGUGACGCCACUACAUCCGCGAAUUUCUGCGGUGUAUGUCCACAUGUAACCAAGUUUUAUCUCGUUGUGUUUAGCAUGCGGGAAAAGCCAUAAUAACUUCUAAUUCAGUUUAGAAGUAGUAGCUUUUCACGCUCAUUAUUCUGGUCACAAGAUCGUUCAAAUUUUAACAUCAUUUGCUUUUAUUAAAUGGCUGACAGAAAUCCACUUUUCCAAGAAGUAUAUGACUGGGAUCCCCAGGCGGCCUAUAUAUAUAUAUAU